GUGCGCACGUGCACACACUGUAAUUUGAUCCCUACAUCACAUCAAAUUACAGUGAGGUAAUUUAAUGUGAUGUAGGCACAGUAAAAAUGCUAAAAUUUUAUCAGCAUUUCAAAAACCAAACAUGAGCACACUGUGCAUGUGUGUGCAACAGUUCAAGGCCUUAACUUUGUACAAAGUCUGUUUGGGCUGAGCAAGUGAAGUAAGGUUCAGUGACUGAGGGGAAAAUGCUGAAAUUUGUGCUCUUUGAGCACUUUGCCUGGGCUGAGCCACCUGACUGCUCAGUGGUAGCCUGUAUCACCAUGUUCAGUUUCAUGCUCCUCCAAAAGUACAACAAACUGCAUGUAAAUCAGUGCCUUUGUUACAACAUCAACAGCAUGGUUAUAUCUGGGACUCUCCACCAUUUGACCUUAGAACUGAAGAAGCUUCUCGGAUGAGAGGUGAAACGUCUUCAAGCAACUUAAAGAAGUCCAGACGCUUUUCUUUGCAAGCUCCUUUGACUACGAUGACCUGGAUGACUGAGAACCUUCACAGACAUCAACAGCAUGGUUCAUUUUAAACACCUAUUUGCACAACGCCUCCUGGUGUAUAACACAAUGCAAAAAUACCACUUAAAAUUCUGGGUUUGAUUCAGUCACUUUAACACCUCCUCAGAGGCUUGAUAUUUUUCCCAACCAUAAAAAACUACUCAAAAAACACUAAAGAUAAAAAGCCUGAAAUUUUCACUGUUUUUUGUUUGGUUUCUUACCAUAUAAAUUGUUAAUUAGUAUAAGCAAUGUGAGCGACACAGAGAAACCAUGAAGGUCCUGGGUUCGAAUCAGCUAUCUGGGGCCUUUCUGUGGGGAGUUUACAUGUUCUCCCCUUGUCUGCGUGGGGUUCCCUGCAGGUACUCUGGUACUCGUUCUUCCUCCCACAAUCCAGAGACAUGUAGUUGGUGGGAUUAGGUUAAAGUGAUGAUUCUAAAUUGCCCAUAGGUAUGAAUGUAAGUGCAAACUAAUGUCUGUCUCUCUGUGUUAACCUGCAACAUGACCUGUGUAGGCGGCACCCUGUGUUUUGCCACAUGGAAGCUGGGAUAGGCUGAAUAGGAGAAAAUAUUUUUGUUUUGUUUUAUUUAUUUUUUGCCAACACAAAUAAAAUCUUACUCUCACAGCAACUUUAAUAAGUGCUUUUAUUUAUUUAGAUUACUUCCUUCUUCUGUUGCUCUAAGCAGAUUUCUGUAAUUCUAUAAUUCAAACCAACGACAUGUUUGUUAAACCGUUUCCUAACAAGACCGUUGGAAGAAGCCUCAGCAUUAAUAUGCUGUUUAUCUUUAUUAAAAGACUAUGUAUAACAGGCUUUUAAGUCAUGUUUUUAACCACAGUCUUCUUAAAAAGCUUUUGUUUUUGCUAAUUAUAGAAUUAUUCCUAAAUAGUUCUAGGAUGACGUCAGUUCUGCCUCCAUUACCCACCAGCUGAUCGCUGUAAGAUUUAAGAGAGACACAAGGCCUUUUAUUUCCCACUAGGACAAGAGUGAUUAUAGGUCAUACUAUUAAGAAAGUUUCAUUCAUGUACAUGCUUAUGAAUGAUUUCAUCCAACAGUAUUUAAUAAGCAUGAGUGCACUGAUAUGUUUUUGUGUCUGCAGGUGGAACGUCCAUCUUUCUCAAUAGAGAAUCUAAGAAGAUAUACACCAGAUUCAAAGAUGGACAGCCUGUCAACAAAGGAGGUAAAGGGCCAGCAGGAGCCCAUGCUGACCUGUGAAUUAUGCGGCAGGGUGGAUUUUGCCUACAUCUUCAAAAGAUCUAAGAGGUUCUGUUCUACGGUGUGCGCUAAACGUUACAAUGUGGGAUGCACAAAGCGAAUGGGUCUGUUCCCGAACCGCAAAACCACCCUGGAGAACAUGAAGAAGCAAAAAGCUGUGAAUGGAAACCACAAAAACACCAUCAUAGACUCUAAAAAGAAGGUGAGACAGUCAGGACUAUUUACCCUAAUGAAGUGAAGGAUAACCGAGAGUGGUUUGCAAAGAUGGUGGUGGUUGGUGCUUUGAACCCCGGCUGCUCCAGUCUGCAUGUGGCUAACAUUGUAAAGUUAGUAAGAUGCUGAACCCAAGUUACUCCCAGUGCAUCCAUCAGACUGUAAAUGUUACAUAGAAGUGCAGAGUGUGUGUGGGUUUGCUGUGUCUCUCAGUACGGUCUCAACAGCAUAGAGGAGGUUUCAGUACUCUAGCAGAGCUGAACACGGCCAUAGAAGCUCUUUAAGCUGUCAGCAGGACUGGUAUCUGCUCCUUUGUGUAAGAAGGAACAGGAUAAGCACUGCCCAAACCAGAGAGUGGAUAUCUCUGACCAAACAAUCAGAAACGAGCUUUAUCAGGAUGGCCUGAGGGCACGAGUCCUUCAGUGGCCUUGUGCUUCCUGCAGUUUCUGAAGGAUGAAGAACUGAAAUGUUUGAAGGUUGCCAUGUUGCCACCAUCCUGGAGGUCCAGACUGGCUCUUAGUCCAUAUUCUUGUGCCUUCCCAGUGUCAUCAGCAUGGACCCUACCACUAACAAGGGUGUUCAAAACACCAACAACCAAAAUAUAAAUAAACACGA